AUGGCUGGCUCUGGAUCGACCGAUUCUGACCAUGCACGCGCCGUGCAGAUCAGCGCUCUGGAACCGCCAAACUCGACGAAGCCACACUCCACGGCUCGCCAAGCGACCUAUCGACACGGAUCUCUGAGCUCGUCCAGCUCUUCGCCCAGCCCUUCCAACCAUUCUCAUCCAGCCUCGCCCAACGAGGACGAUGCCAGGCACGGCACAUCGCCUGCCACAUCGGUAGAUGGCGCGUCGCUGCCACCGUCCGGCUUAAAACUCGACCUGUCUGCGAACAGCGCUCACACGCGCCACGAGCAGCAGGCUUCCCUGGCUCGCGCCGGGGUUGCUCGAUCUCCUCAUCCACUCGACAGCGCUCAGGAGGCACGCUCUUCGCUCGCUUCUAGAUCAGGCGGCAUGCUGGCGACGAUGCAGGAAGAAGGCUUCGCCUCAUCAGGCAGUCGACGCGGGUCGACGAUGGGCUUUGAUGCAAAUCAGACGUAUUCCCACAUGGAGCAGAGCAUGCCUGCGUCGCGCCAUCGAUCGGCCUCCAGCGCCGCAGCUCUCACCCUGCACGGCAGUGGUGGCCCCUUCGUUGACCGUUGGGCAAGCAACGCCUCAGGUCGCAUUGCACCAGCUUCGGCCAUCCCGUCUAGAACGAUCUGGGAAGGCUCGUCGACCGAGGCUCUAGCCAACAACGCUGGCGCGAGCGGCGGCGUUCCACAGAGACCGCUUGCCUCCCUCCAACGUGGGUUUUCCGCCUCAUUCGUCCGCAACAAGCAAGAGCCCGCUUCGCCUUCGUCGUUUUUGAGCUCACCCGCCGGCUUCCACGACCUCGGCUUCGACUUUUCCGAUUCGGCGCUGCGUACCUCUCGUACCGGCUUUCACACCACGUCGUCCCCAUUCGGCGCUACUUCUGAUCUUCCGGAGCUCUCGAGCUAUCCCGAGAUUACGGCCGUUCCCGCAGGCGACCAGCUUCAGCGUCCUGCCGCUGGGACCGAGUCGCGCCGUCACUCAGUUGCCGACAUGGGCCCAAAUCGCGAAGCUGCAGGCGUCAUUGGAGGGCAUCGACGCGCCAUCGGUUUCGACGUAGACGGAAGGUAUUCUCGGUUGGACAACGGCCGAGGCCAGGGAGCAGCACACUCCAUGUCGCAACAAGGGGCGUGGCCUCGUGGUCUCAGCCACGGCAGGGAUCGCAGUGUCAGCAGCGUGCUCCCCCUCCCCGGCUUCAACCCUCUCUCGGGAAGCAGUCUGGCGUUGUCCAUGGACGAUCUAGCCGAUGAGGUUGAUCCCGAGCCGGCAUCGCCAACUCACACCCGUCAUUCGGACACUUUGGGCGGCAGAGGAGUCGAUGGGUCUUAUGGCACGUCGAUGCCAUCGGAAGCCAUUGCCAGCCGUCGUGGUUUUGGCAGCUUUGACACGAGAUCGAUCGGCUUGGCCGACAUGGCGCAAACCCGUGACGGUCGCAGCGGAAGGGACAGUCUGUCUGCAAGCUGGGAUUUGAUGGCAACUUCACACAUGACGGCACGCUCACCCGGCGAAGGUCAGCGUACACUGGCUGAAAUGACGAGGCAGCUGCGACAGAUGUCGAUCGGUGAAGGCGACCUGCGAGCACAUGCACAAGCACGCGCCGCUGGCGUCGCUUCCAUCUUUGACGGACAAGCGGAAGGCACUCGCACUGUGCGUGCGAGUCCCGGAACGUCGCCCACCGACGUCCGAGGCGACCCGGCUGGCAGCGCUGCUGGCACAGGUCGGGGUCUUUCAGCGCAGGCAAAGUCGUUCACAGCUUCGCAGCCGUUCGCUUCGAUGCAACACAAUGUCGUUGGCGGAGUCGAUGAACACGCCUAUGCUGGUCCGGGUGACAUGCCCGUCCCUGGCUUCCCUGGUCGCAUUGUGCCACAGAUGGCGGCGACUCCCGCGUUCUUCCCGCCGUCGCAGCAACAGCAUCUGAGCUUCAACCCCACCCCGUCGGCCACGAGUUUCGGUCUCGGUGCUCUCGCGCUGUCCUUGCCGAGUCCGACGAACGAUGUCACUUUUCUUAGCCUGGCAGCGCUCGGACCAAUGCCGCCGUCGUCGAUGGGACCACCUGUCGGUAUGAUGGGAGGCGGAGCAGCGAGCGGACCGCUGUCCAGCGCAGGCACGACAGGAGAGAUGCAGGAUCUCGGCAAGGGGGUUCCGCUCACGAGCCUGGCAAAGGAGACGCCGCUCUAUAUUGUCGAAUUCAAGCAAGGGCGCACAGACCUUUUCUUUCGCUCGAGAUCGCCCUCGCAGUCGCCCUCGAACCGUGAUGGCGAACCUAUCCGACGCGGCGAUCUGGUGAUCGUGGAGGCCGACCGAGGCAAGGAUCUCGGCACGGUGGUGAACGACAGCAUCACGGUGGAACAGGUGCAAGCCUUCUUGGCGCACCAAUCGGAUCUGACGAUUGGUGCGGCGGUGAUGGGAGCUGCUGAUCGGAUGGGUGGAGCCGGCGCUGGUGCUAGCACGGGAAGCAGCGACGAGACGUCCUCCAACGCUUCGGCUCGAAGCGGCUCGCCCUCUUCAACGAUGGGCGCGACGGCCGCAUCUGGAGGCGCGAAUGCGAGCGCUGUUCGACCGAUGCGCACCAUCAAUCCAAAGCGACUCUUCACGAAAGCCACUGCGGCGGACACGAGCACGCUAUACUCGAAGGCGCAGGACGAAGAACGCGCUCUGCAGCUUUGCAUCUCCAAGGUGAUGCAGCGAGGGCUGCCGAUGAGCGUGGUGGCGGCCGAGAUGCAGUGGGACAGGCGCAAGCUCACGUUUUAUUAUACGGCGACGAUGCGCGUCGACUUUCGGGAUCUGGUCAAGGAGCUCUUCCGUCUAUACAAGACGCGGAUCUGGAUGUGCCAUCUGGGCCAUCCGAGCGGUGCGGGUAUGGGCUGA